AUGGCCAGACUUCUGACUUCUUUGCAGGGAAAGGCGGGAAAGCCGGAUGCAGGUUCCCCACCGGUAUGUCAGGAGGCAUGGACCGGACACAGCCCAUCCAAAAUGAGAGCGUCAAGUGUGGUCAUCGACAGCGGCGUCAGUGACCUCGGGCUGACGAGUGAGGAUCUGAACUCGUAUCAGCUGGAGAAGUUGCCGAUGCAUACUACGGGAAGACCAGAGGCACGUCGAGCCUCAGAGCCCAUCCACGGCGACGGCGCACAGUCUUGGCAUCUUGGCCUUGCUCCCCUUCGGCUUCGCCGUCCAAGUGCUUCUUCGUCCCCUCGGAAACGGCCGAGUCUGCUGCCCCCAGCUCCAGCGACUGGAGGGAACAGCGAGAACUCAAGUGACAGGGAGGAUUACGAGCUAUCUCCGAAUGCCAAGUCAGCACGAGGGCGUCCUACAGAGUUCCCAGGGACUCAGAGCUGGCAACUCGGCGAAGGGAGGUCAGAUUCAUACCGUACCCGCCCCUCCCCAAAGAGAAUUGGCUCCCGUGCGGUGCGGAUUCAGAGUCAAGAAAUUUCAUCCCCGAUGUCAACAAAAGCGUCGACUCCCAGACAGGAAGCGAAGGCUGACAACUUGUCGCUGCCACUUCUGGAUCAGCGGCCCCCACUCAUGGCUCCCCGAAGUUUCUCCUUUGCAGAGGACUCAAUGGCAGAUGUGAUGGCCAACAUCCUCGAUGAGGAGCCGGAGUGUGGCUGGAUGGAGGAGUUUUGGCUCCCAGUGCUGGAAGCUUCGCCGCCAGAGAUAUGUUUGUCCAUAUCGGGCCGCUCAAUAAGCCAUUGGAUUGAGCUUUUCAAUCGAUGGCAAGCUGCCGGAGGCUGGAAUCCGGGGAGUGCGCCGAAGUUCAUGGAUGCCUAUGCUUUCCGAGACUUCAUUGCCACUCCUAUGACGAAGGCCCUCAAGUGGGUCAAAGUCUUCGAUCCUCAGGCCUUCUCCCAACUCGAGGCAACGAAGUCCAAGAUGGCUUACCAGAAUGUGAAGAUCAGUCCUGCGGCUUUUCUGACCUCGUCUAUCCUCAUUGCCACGAAAAUUGCGAAGAAACAGAAGAUCCGCUUCAUUCUGGGGGUCUUUGAUGAGGAUGACUCAGAGACUUUCGACCGGAACGAAUUUGUCGAGAUGAUCUCGUCCUUCUUGCUGGGCCUGGGAAUUUUAUUUGGUAGCUCCGUCCCCAAGCCCAGCAGACGCCAGUGGAUAGGGAAACUUCUUUUCGAUCGCAUUCAGAUGAUGGCCUGCUGCAAACUUCCGGCUCUGGAGGCGAACAUGAUUAAAUCCUCCGACUCCAUGCCAUGCAGUCUGUUGGAGGAAUGGUUUCUGGGAGAGUCAGGUGAUCCAUUUGCAGUGCCCUUCGCACUCCUCCUCGAGCGCUAUUCUUUGCGAGGCUUCAAUGAGGACCCCGAGAAGUUCGAGGACGAGGACAAAAAGUUCAAGAUCACCCACAAGAGAUGCGUAGCGCCUCCGGUGGAGACUGAGAGUUCCUUGGACAUGAGCUUCAUCAAACGGCACCAGAUUGAGCCGCUGCGAAGAAUCUUUGACUUGUGCCAGAAGGACUCUUACUAUGCGAUCUCCCACGGAGAAGCAGAGCGCGCACUCGAAACAUCAAUUCAUCCGGACCUCUGGUGCAACUUCGCAGCACGGGGCUUGGAGCAAUUGGAGGCUAUGCCACAAAGCAGGAAAGGCGUGACUUUCCUGGCUUUUUUGCGGAUCUCCAUGCCGCAUGCACAACCCCGACACCACCGCAUGUUCUUCUCAUGGCUUCAAGAGUUGGAUGAAAUUGAGCAGCUCAGGAAGCAAGUCGCGAGUUCCCGAAGUGAGCAGCUUCGUUUCCAAAAUUACAUCUCUCGCUGGCCUCUACAUGCAGCGCAGCGCCAGAAGCUGGGGGAGCAGUUCGAGAUGUUGGGGGAGAAGGCCCUUGCAAGGGGCGAUGUUGAGGAUGAGGAGGUCGUCGUGCGAGACCCCAUCCUGGAGGGGCUACAAGGCGGGGACAAGAUGACCAAGGAGGACUACAUCGCGGCCAAGUGCGGCGUAGAGGCGCGACCCAACGAGAGCAAACCACAGCUGGAUGAGGUCGUAGGCGACUUCUUGCGGCUCCAGGUAAGGCAGCUCGAGGAAAGUCUCGCGCAGAUGGAGAGCUUAUUCGCCAGUGGCAAUCGUGUCACGAGAAGGCCAAGCUUCAUCAAGCCUGCUGUCACACAGCGACAGUGGAGCUUGUGGAACCAUGCGUUUGACAUGAUGACUCCUACUGCCGCAAGCUCAGGGCGAGUGACUCUCAAGGAAUUCGCCUUUCAACACGAUCUUUGUCCUGCUACAUGCUUAUACCUUUGCCAGAGCAUCGGGCAUAGCUCCGAAGUGCACGAGCUGGGCUUUACCAAGGAGGAGUUCUUACAAAAAAUGCUUGAUACAUUCAGGCAUCGCGUGCGGAAGGAAUUUCUCAUUCACGGCCGACUCUGCGAAGCGUAA